AUGAGAGUUGAAUAUAUAAAAUAAGAAAUAUUACAAAUAUUUUUACCGAAAAAGAUGAAAUACAAGUAAAUCAAAUUGAAUACAGAAUUUAAGAUAUAAAAUAUAUUAAAAAUAUUAUUGAGAGAUUGUAGAGCUGAAAUGAAUGGAAUUGAAGAUCGUUUUAGUUAAGGUAAAUCAAUGAAAUAAACAAUUUUAUAGCAUUAAAUAUAAGUGAUUUAAUAGUAAUUAUUUCAAAUAACAAUUUUAGAGAUUUGGAUAAAAUGAUUAAUUUAGUAAGAUAGUUUUAUAAUUUGAUUAAAAAUAAUGAUUAUCUUGAAUUUCUAUUUGUUAGUUGAUUUUAUUAAAUAGAAUUGAAUUUUAAAUUGCAAAAAACCAUACAAUAGUUGAAUAGAUGAAAUACUAGAUGAUUUACAUAGAGAAUUACCAGAUUUAAGAUUAUUUUUAGGAAAGAUGGAAGGACAAUAAGAAAUUCUUGUGAAUUUGAAUGAAAUUAUAUGGAGAAGGAUAAAUGAAAGAAAAAAUGAAGAAGAAUCUAUAUGA